ACGGUUUUCAGAGUGGACUGCUGCCUGCGUAGUAGGGGGUUGGGGGGUGGUUCUUUGUGUUUCCUGCUCAGGGGAGGGGGCAGUCCCCUCUACCUUGGUAAACUCGGGGCCGAUCGUGGGUGGUAUGGAGAAUAGUAGCAACUGGGUGGUCGUGGUAGAGAUCUCCGGGUAGGCUAGAGGGCGGCGUACGUCUUAAAGGUGUGAUUGAAGGCUCACAAGGUUUUUUCGGAGGUGGUGGGAGUGAUUUGGUUUUCGUGUCAGGAGGGUUUGGAGGGAGUAUAGGAGGAAUUUGAGGAAGCACAGGAGGGUAGGACGAGGCAUGGGUUCCUGCCUGUCUUGGCAGUGAAGCCAGCUGAGGGACAGAUACUGAGGUCCGUUUUCAAUUCGCACUUUCUGCACAUGUAAAGAGCUCAGUCGACCAGGGAAAGCCUGUGGCAAAGCUGACCUGCAGCUUCCAGCACUGUAGUUGUCUUCUCCCUGUACUCAUGGCCACAUCAGCUACCAGCCCCAGUUCACCUCUUCAGGCAGAGGAUCUCUUGAGUGAGUCAUCAGAACCCCCUGGACUGAACCAAGUGUCGUCUGAGGUGACCUCCCAGCUCUAUACUUCUUUGCACCUCAGCCGUCAGGCAGAGGCCACCGCAAGGGCUCAGCUGUAUUUAGCCUCUGCCUCCCCGCCUCCACAUGAGGCCUUAGAUGGCCUGGCCCAAGAGCUGAGUCGCAGCUUGUCAGUCGGAUUGGAGAAUAACUUGAAGAAAAAGGAUGGUUCUAAACAUAUCUUUGAGAUGGAAAGUGUUCGGGGUCAACUCCAGACCAUGCUUCAAACCUCACGUGAUGCAGCCUAUCCCUUGGGGUCCCUUGGGCUGUCUGUAGGGGACCCCCUCACUGCAGGUGCUGGCUUAGACAAACGGGAAGAGGAAUCCUUUGACAGUGACAGCACAGCUACCUUGCUCAACACCCGGCUCCUGCAAGACUUAUCUCCAUCCAGCUCAGCACAAGCUUUGGAGGAGUUGUUUCCCCGAUACACCCGCCUUCAUCCAGGGCUCCCAAUUAAUCCCCCAGAUUUUCAAGGGCUAAGAGAUGCACUGGAUUCAGAGCAUGCUCGUCGUAAGCAUUGCGAGCGUCACAUUCAGAGCCUGCAGACCCGUGUGCUAGAGCUCCAGCAACAGUUAGCUGUGGCUGUCGCUGCUGACCGCAAGAAAGAUGUCAUGAUUGAACAACUGGACAAGACCCUGGCCCGAGUGGUGGAGGGCUGGAAUCGGCAUGAGGCUGAGCGGACAGAAGUGCUUCGGGGACUACAAGAGGAACGCCAGGCGGCAGAACUCACCAGAAGCAAGCAGCAGGAAACAGUAACUCGUCUAGAACAAAGCCUUUCAGAAGCCAUAGAGGCCCUAAAUCGGGAGCAAGAAAGUGCCAGACUCCAGCAACAGGAAAGAGAGGCGCUGGAAGAAGAAAGGCAAGCUCUGACCCUGAGCUUAGAGGUUGAACAGCAGCGGAACCAUGCCCUUCAGAAAGAGCGGGAUGAGGCUCGGGCUGGGCAACUCAGUGAACAUCGGAAGCUGGAGACCCUUCAGGUUGCCCUGGAAGAAGAGCGACAGGCCUGGGCACAGCAAGAGCACCAGCUUAAGGAACACUACAAGACAAUGCAGGAGGAAGGCCAGGCUCAGCUGGAACGGGAAAAGGGGAACAGCCAGAGGGAGACCCAGGCAGCCCGGGAAGCCCAGCAGCAGUUGGCAUUGGUGCACUCUGAGGUGCGACGGCUGGAAGGGGAGCUGGACACGGCUCGGAGAGAGAGAGAUGCCCUGCAGCUGGAGAUGAGCUUGGUGCAGGCCCGGUUUGAGACUCAGCGGAUUCAGAUGGAAUCAGAGCUGGCUGUGCAGCUGGAGCAGCAGGUGACGGAGCGGUUGGCGCAGGCUCAGGAAAGCAGCCUACGGCAAACAGCCUCCCUGAGGGAAAAUCACAGGAAGCAGCUGCAGGACCUUAAUGGACAGCACCAGCAGGAACUGGCCACUCAGCUGGCUCAGUUCAAAGUGGAAAUGGCAGAACGAGAGGAACGGCAGCAGCAGGUGGCUCAGGACUAUGAGCUCAGACUGGCACGGGAACAAGCUCGAGUACGGGACCUACAGAGUGGGAACCAGCAGCUGGAGGAGCAGCGGAUGGAGAUGGUAGAACGGCUCCAGACCAUGCUGCAGGCCCACUGGGAGGAGGUCAACCAGCUGCUCAGCACCCUCCUCCCGCCUCCUAACCAUCCGGUUCAUCCCACUGGGCCCUCUAGCUCCAAUCUCUCAGAACCAGAAAAGGGGGAGAGGAGGACCUGGACUAUGCCUCCUGUAGCUGUUGCCCUGAAGCCUGUGUUGCAGCAGAGCCGGGAAGCAAGGGAAGAGCCACCUGGAGUGCCACCUGUUGACUCCAGCCACUCCCCAGACCUUAGCCUCCUGCUGGGCCCCUCUUUCCAGAGCCAGCAUUCCUUCCAGCCCCUGGAACCCAAACCAGACCUCACUCCACCCAUAGCUGAAGACUUCUCUACACUUGAGACCUUCCAUCCUGAUCAGAGGGCAGAACGGCUAUUACCUGAGGAAAAUCCAGUGUCUGAGGGAGAUGGCUUCCUAAAGCAAGGGCUGCCACCUGUUUCUCAGCUGGAAGGCCUCAAGAAUUUUUUGCAGCAGCUGCUGGAGACGGUACCCCAGAAUAGCGAGAGCCCCUCAGUUGACCUGUUGCCUACUAAGUGUGGUCCCAGGACUGUGCCAUCUUGGGAGGAAUCCUUUCAAGUGCCACGCCUUCCACCUCCUGUCCAUAAAACCAAAGUUCCUUUAGCUAUGGCCUCCAAUCUCUUCCGAGUCCACGAGUUUCCCUCUUCCUGUUCACAAGGCAAUGGUCCCAGCACUGGCUCCCCAGAGAAAGGUGCAGACGGGCUCAGCUCCUCACGGCAGCUGAUGGAGGUGUCCCAGCUGUUAAGACAGUACCAGGCCCGGGGCUGGGAGACUCUGCCUGCUGAGGACCUGCUGCUGUACCUGAAGAGGCUGGAACAUGGCGGGACUGAUAGCCGAGGGGACAGUGUUCCCAGAAGGAACCCAGACUCCCGCUUGGGUGAGAUUGCCCGGAAAGAGAUUCCUUCCCAGGCUGUCCCUCGCCGCCUUGCUGCAGCUCCUAAGACUGAAAAACCUCCUGCUCGGAAGAAAAGCAGCCACCCUGCUCCUAGCAGCAUGAGGGCCCGAGGGGGUAUCUGGAGAUGACCCACUGCCCUUCCUUCUCCUCUCUGUUCUCUUCUGGUGGUUAUUUUAAUAAAUGCCAGGUAGUAUGUAUUAGAGUAUCUGACUCAGAGCAGUUUGGAAAAUGGAGAUUUUUGUAGGAAACUACUUUGUAAAAAAAACCUCUUUCUGUUUGAGUAUGUUGUUGUUUUUUUUUAUAUAUGUUGUGUGUUUAUAUGUGUUAUUUCCUCUGGGGGGAAAUCAUAUUUGAAUGAGCUAAGGUUCAGUGUUUAAAGAGGAAAAUGUACUGUCAGUUAACUGAUUGAUAGUGGAAUCAUGGAUAGUUAUUUCUUUUUUUAUACGUUUUUGUAUUUUCAAAUUUUCUGAAACAAGUAUGUUACUUUAAUAA